CUAGAGUUCCUGUUCUUAAAUCUAGACCUGUCCGCGCUUCUGCUUUGAGGCUAGCAAUCGAUCAUCUGUCUGAACUGUCAACUUAAGCACCACUUCUUGGCAAACAGCCUUUCCUUGCCCUUCCUGGUAUCUUUAAAGAAAAACGACAACAACUAAUAGGAGUACAAAGCUAAGCCAAGAACAACAGUUCUUGUCCUUCAGUUUUGCAGACUUUGAGUCAGUGGCAGCGCAGAGGCGCAGAUGCACCAGCCUUCAACUAUUCCAUUAUAUUAGCAGCUGGAUUGAGCCAUACAGAUUCCCUGUCGGUACCAGAAAUGGUACAAAUAACGGUGCAAAGCUACAGGAGGUCCCUCCAAGAGUUUUCAGAAAGUCCGGUUAUGUCAAGAUGCAAGAGUCUCAGCUCCUCCAACUUGCUUACUGGUGCACCCCAGAGCAUCACUGAAUGGCUGACACUCUGGGAAAAGGAUCCAGUGGAGAUUCUGCUUGAUUUGGGCUUUGGUACAGAAGAACCUGACGUCUGCACUAAAAUCCCUCCUCGGUUCCUCAGUGGUGCUUCUGUAGCAAAAGGGAUCAACAUCCGAGUGUUCUUGGAAGCUCAGAAGCAGCGGAUGGACAUUGAGAGGCCAAACCUAUAUGAACGUUUUCGACAGCUGGAAGUACUUGACCAUGUAACGAGUGCACUCUCAUCGCUGCUGACCGGCAUCAAUACCCAGCAGGCCAAUCUCCUGGAUACUACGAGGAGCAGACCUGUGGUGACACAAGCGAAACGGAGAAGAAUAGGACAGCUCCUGAAAAGGGCUUCUCGGCAGACGCUGCUGCUGAAACAGGGCUCACUGGCACCUGGAGAAGCCAACUUGCCCAGCAGGAAAGAGCAACCCUGCUCUAGUGCAGAUACUGCUGAGAGGGGAACAGUCCAGGCAUACUCUUCUGCACGUGUUACAUUAAACUGUCUGACCAAGGGGCAAACUCCCAGAGACAAAGGUGCCUCAGCAUAUCCCACAUGCCAGCGUUCACUGGCUCCAUCAGGGAAAGCCUGGGCUCCAUCACAGCUAGUUGCAAAACCGCUCCACCUUUCUCCUGUGUCUGAGGUACCUGCUAAAGACAGGCCAAGAAAAGAGCCACCUUUGCUUGUAGCCCACACACUUAAAAAAGUGGCCAACCUGAACUGCAAGCUGCCAGACUCAUUUGAAAUGGAAGAGAUUCAGAGUUUCGAGGAUGAAAUGCUGUAUGGAAAUGCUCCUGCCAUCGCUUUAGCAGAUGUGAUGGUGACAAGAACAAGCAGCUGCCAGUCAGAUAGCAGUGGGUUCAUGGAGGAGCUGCCAGAACCUUCAGGUUUGCAAAAUGCUUCGUCAUCAGGAAAGAUUAAUUUUAUUUCUGAUAUCUACAAUCAAGAAAGAGCUCUGUCACACAGGACUGGUUUUCCUAUGCUAAAUCAAGAUUUUCAACAAAAGCCAGAUGAUUGUGUUGCUAAGGUCUUUAUUGCAGCUUGUGAGAGCAUUUUGACAGUACCUGGAUCAAUGAAAGCAUGCACCAGUCAGGGAGAAGAGACUCAUCUGCUGCUGACUUCAGAAAACAGCACGUAUCAGGCAUGUAAAGCUGAGGCACAGAGGUUUGUCCAAGAAAUUGUAUAUGACAAGGACAAGAAAGAGAAGACUGAAAGAAAGCAACUGGAAAAAGAGAGGUGCAUAGAAGAGCAGAGGCCUUGUUUGCAGGGUGAUAGUGAGGAUGAUCCUGGCUCCUCCAAAUUUGAUUGUUAUUUAUAUUUUAGUAAAGGACACAAAAAGGCAAACGUAACCUUCACUGAACUGAGUGAUCUAAACCCUGCAGUCAUCAAUGAGAACAAUAUUAGAAGUGAAGAUGAAUGUAAGAAGUGCUGGACUGACAAGGACAUUGGAGUUGCACGCAAUGAAGGUGCUCAUGGAAGUAGUACAGGACAUGUUAAAGGACCGAGGUGGGAUAUGGAAGUUGCCAGCAAAGACGAUACCCUGCUUACAGCAAAUGAAAUGACAAACAGGCAGAAGUUGUGCAAAAUGGAUGGUGAUUCAAAAAAUACAAGAUGCUCCCCCAAAAUGGCGGUCCCAGAAACCCUGCAGUGGGGCUCAGCACCACAACAUGGGAGCAGUGUGUCUUCUCUGCAAGUAUCACAGAGGCAUCCCUCCUGCCUGGCAGAAUGGCCUGAAUUUAGUUCAUCUGAAGAGCAAGAGACUGGUAGCACAGGGGAGAUGUUAGGUGCUAACGAAUCAGAACGAGGAGAUGCUGUCCAAACAGGUGAAAUGGCUUCUGCUCCCCUGAAAUCUGUUACUGUUCAGAUGCCUUCAAUGCUGGAGUUUACUCCAAGAGCAAAGGGCACAGGGCAGAAUGCUCCUCUUAGUGAACGCCUUGCUAGGGAAGAUCCCGUGGACUUCUCCAACAUGUCAGUGCACUGUUCUGAGGGUGCUCCUCUCAUACAGUCAGACCCAGGGGCUUUGAAGGGUGGUGUGAAACAGACCACGGAAGCCUCCAGCCAAACUGACAACCCCACCAGGAAACCCAGGUGGCCACCACUGCUUUGUUCACCCCACGCUCAUCUGACAAAAUCAGCCUCUCUUGACAGCAUGGUUUGUGGCAAAUACAGGUCACGCUAUGGGGGUGAAGCCUCUGGCACCAGGGGUGUGCAGGGCAAUCACUGCUGUCACUGCUGCUGUUGCCAUGGCUGGUGCCCAUGGACCUUCCCUGUGGCUGUCUCUCCCCAGGGCCCUGUGGGCUGCUGCUCAAACCAUGCCACCACUGAGCUGCACCUCUUGAAAACAUUGGUGCUCCUACAGGACACUGCAACACAUAAUCCUGCUCCGUGUACCCUCAAUGAGAUAGAAGUGAUGAAGAGCUCCUGCCAGCACUUCCAGGAGAAGCUGGAUGAAAUUGAACAGCACCUGACAGAAGAGCAGGUGCUGUUUUCCAGCGCUAUGCCAGAUGAAGGAAGGGAGGAAGCCAGACACCUGCGACUCUUACGGCGAGCUGUUCGUCAGGAGGUUGCAGAGCUGGAAUUUCAGCUGAGGGAUCAAGCUUGCCAGGUCAGGGGGAGCAUCCUUAUGCAGCUGGACCAAUUACUAGCAGAACAAUCCCAUCUGUUUUUCGAGCUCGGACUCUCUGAUUGGAAAGGAGAAAGAAAAGCCCAGAAUAAACAAAUGUUUCCAGAUGCUGCUGACACUGAGCAUCCUCAAAGUGGGUGCUCAAAAAUGGUGAUCCCAAGAGCUCCUAGCAAAACCACAACAGCAACAUGCUCACUCUCUGCCCCACAGCUGGAGGCACCCUCAAUGCAGUUUCCCACCAGGAAAAUGCCUGAGUCAAACACAGUCAAGUCUGCCCCACAGGAGCUCUCUACCAGUGCAAAGGAAAUAAAAGGAACUCCCCAAGCAAAAAUGGACUUCAAGGCAUUUAUACACAAUUUGAAGAAAUCUUUCCAAAACUCUUUAGGUAAUGAUUCAGCAGAAGGAAAAGACUGAUGGAGGACAGACUUAUGGAUUUUGUUUCUAGUAAACGCGAUGGUUUUCCUGAAAUGCAUGGUGUAUCUCAGAAAAAAAGGGACCAAACAUCACAUUAUAGAAUGUCCUGAUCACAGCAGGUUCAUUUGCAAUGAGAUGACUGGCCAGAAAACCAGCAUUUUUAAAGGAAUUUUAGAAGAGAGGCGCUAUGUAUUUUGCUAUUCUGUGACUGUGAAACCUACUAUGUUCCCAAUUGCAGUAACAUGGGAUAGGGCUGUUCUCUGAAAAGCCAUUUAGCAGGAAGAGAAGAAGGUUUGUUUUAAGGAUAAACUUCAGAGCUUGCAGACAUCUCAGGAGAUACCAGCAGAAACGUAUUCUCCUUAUAGCCAAUUACUUUAACACAGUCCUUCAACCAAUAUUAAUCCUUAAGCCCACACUACCUUAUAUAGUCCGAGUCACAUUCUAACUUUUAAGUUGUUACUAAUUUCCUCUCACUAAUUUUUGUAAAGUUUGUAUCUACUGUUAGUAUCAAAUCAGAAGCUCAGUGACAAAACACGUUAAACACCUGCUCUGUCAAAAUAUUACUGUGACUAGUCUCCUGGCUGUCUUCCUCAUAUUUUAUUUGUUUAAAUCCAAUUAAGACCAAAAUAAGAUGAGAAACACAGGAUUUUCUAUAUUAGAAACCUUGAAUCAGAAUCCUGGUUCCAUUUGCUGGGAGUGCAUAGAGCCUGGAUUCACACAGAAAAAGCCAUAGGAAAAGGCCUCUCAGGUUUGGAUCACAGCAAAGAAAUUCAACCGGUUCAUUUUCAAAGCAGUGUAGUUUGUACUACUGCUUUCAAUUUAGCACUUCCCAGACUGUGAGAUGUCCUACUAGCUUGUUUGUUUAAUGCUCUGGAGGGAUCUUGGGUGUCAUUUAGGCUUUGGUGUUGCAAAUCACAGCUCUGCAAAGGUGCAAAUAGAAGUAGCAUUUGCACAUGUUUAAGGAGAAAAUGGAGUCAAGCAUGCUGAGCAGCCUCGAGGCUCCCUGCACCUCCACGUUUCCGCAGAUGUUCAGGGUAAUAAAAUGAUUGGGGGAGAGAGGUACAUAACAUAGCAACUGACAGGAUCCUCCACAGUCUGCUGGGCCAUGAAUUUUGCUGGUUGAAAUUUGCCCCUUCCUUGAGACCCCACAUGGGAUUUGUACACCACUUCCUUGUACCAAGUGUUUCAGAGUUUGUAUGUCAAGACUUGUGAUUGUGACAGUACCUUCUGGCAGCAUGCAAACUGGACCAAAACAUCCUUCACCUAUGUUUUGGAGGAGCAAGCAGUAAAUAAAGCUUAGUAUUUACUUUCUUCACUGGCUUAUGAACUGCGCUUACAGAUGUUGUACCUCAGUUUGUGGAGGAAGGCAAGCAAAGAGUAUGGUUGAAUGACACACAAUGAUGCCAGCGCUGAAGGUCUCCUGGAAUAAAGGAUGACAAAGAAGCUUCCUUGCCUCAACCACACCAUGGCUAUGAUUAUUCCCAUGAAACAAUAUGGUUUUUUACAAGCACAGCAUGAUGCGUAAAAGCUCUGUAGGUAUGUGAUGCUGCAAUCACUGUCUGUCUGUCUUAUGUCCAUGUGUCCUGAAGAUGGCAUUGGCAGGCAGCGACUGUUCUUGAUUAGAAAGGUCAUGCAGGACCUCUGGUGCCAUUUGAAUUCUACCAUUUGCAUUCUUGACCAGGACUGAAUCUGAUUCCUGCUAAGAACUUUGUAUGGUUUUUAGACUGGUAUGUGCAGUCCAAUUCCUCAUUUCAAUUUAACUAUGAAAUCAGUUCAUGCAAGCCACAGAUGGGAUAGGGUUGUGCCCUAUGCAAACACUUAGACACCCACAAAUACUGUUACUGUGAACUUGUUUGCAUUUAUAGCUAGAUGACAUUUCAGGCCCCCAAUGUUAUUCUAACAGUUAAGCUGUAACCUUGUGCAAUAAAAAGCAUCCUAAGCAAUGUGAAA